UGUUACACAUGUGUAGUAAUGGGGACAUGGUUCGAGAUUCCGAGGCUGUUGAAGAAGGUGAUGGGCCUAAGAUUAGCUUGGAAGAAGGUUCUGACUUGGUUCAUAAAGAAGGUGAAAUAGGUGUUGUUUCUAAUGAUCACAUUUUGGCUCCAAGAAAUGAAGAACCAGAGCAGGAAUUUGUUGCAGAAGUUUUCACUUCAGAAAUACCAAGAAUAGCAACAUCAUUAACAAACUCGCAAACAGUUGAAAAGCCAACACCCUCAAAUCCAUUGGUGGACACACAACAGACUAGUGAACCGUGUCUGAUGAAGCAGAAAAAGCCACUUGGUGAAAUUCCUAAGAGUACUGAGCAAGUUGCUUUAGUGGAAACCAUAGCAAAGAACACCAAUAUGGAAGCUUCAUCAAUUCUUUCCGAAUCCGCCACCUCUAAGUUGGAUCCAAUAGUUACUUUACAACGUAAAUCACAUUUACAUGUAAGUUUAUUUUCUGCAAUUCACAUUUCCAAUAUAUUUGGUCAGAACAAAAAUGAUGUCACCAUUUUGAUUUAUCAUUGUCGCAUGAGUGGAAUUGAAAAACAAAAAAAAAAUACUGAAUUUCUAUGUUGGAAUUUAAAUUUAAUAUUUUGUUACUGAUCAUACUUAGACUAAAAGUAUAAUUCCUAAUAAAAUAAA